UGCUGCAUUUUAUUUUGUAAGAAGGAAAGCGGAAGUUGCUUUGAACGUUUCCUGUCGCCUCCCUUAUUUUUAUCCCUGCUGCGUCAGUUAAGGCGUGUUCACGGUUCCUGGUUCUUACUGACAUUUUUGGAAGUCACGCAAAGGCUCGGACACAGGACAAGUUUGUAAACCUCUCCAUCCACACGAAGAUGUUCUUUCUCAAAAAAGUUGUCGGUGGCAUCGUUGACGUUGUCAGCAACAUUGACCCUGAGCAGUUUGCGCCCUCAAAUCCUCCUCCUCCACGCCAGCCAGCCGUUUAUGCAGAGAAACAUGAAAACGAUGAGGAGAAACAGUUCCGCAAAGUCUUCCAGCAGCUCGCUGGAGACGACAUGGAGGUGAGCCCAAAUGAGCUGAUGAACAUCCUGAACCGGAUCAUCUCAAAGCAUGGAGACCUGAAGACUGAUGGCUUCAGCAUCGAAUCCUGCAGGAGCAUGGUGGCUGUCAUGGACUCAGACAGCACCGGGAAACUUGGCUUCCAUGAAUUCAAACACCUGUGGAACAACAUAAAGAAAUGGCAGGGCGUGUACAAGCAGUAUGACGCAGACCAUUCGGGUGUCAUUGGUGCAGAUGAGCUGCCGAAUGCGUUCAAAGCUGCAGGGUUCCCCCUCAACGAACAACUGUUCCAGAUGAUCAUCCGUAGGUAUAGCGACGAAAGCGGCAACAUGGACUUUGACAACUACAUCGGCUGCCUCGUGAGGCUGGAUGCGAUGUGUCGGGCCUUCCAAACCCUGGACAAAGACAGAAACGGGACCAUUAAAGUGAAUGUUCAAGAGUGGCUUCAGUUGACCAUGUACUCCUGAGUCCUGGUGAUGCCGCCUUCUUCCUCCCCAGCUGGUUUUCCAAAAUGACUCCGCUCUUUAUCUAAGCAAUCCAAAAGUAUUUUAUAUAGACGUCCCCACAGCUUCCUGUGUUCUUCAGAAGUUAGGAGCACAAGCAUGCAGUUUUUUUUCUCUGAGUAACACAUGUAGAUCAAACCUGGGAGCAGAAUGGUCUCCAUACCUGCAAUGCGUUGUUCUGAGACGGUCAGAUGUGAGGUGGAGGGUUGGUAAUCAUGCUUUGAAAAAUUGACAUUUUGCAAGACAAUUGUGCACUUUUUUUUUCUUUCAAUCAAAUUUCCUUUUUUAUAUCCAUAAAAGCGUUUUAUCACGUCUCUGGUGCUGUGUUGAUGAAAAUAAGUGAGCAAGGUGAAGUGACAGCUUCACCCGCUUAUUUCCAGGAGUUUCACCUGUUUGGAUUCUUCUUUGAGCUCUCUGGGCGUGUAUCAGCCUGAGUGACAAUCCUGUGUCUACCGCUACGGCUUUGCUUUGUGUUGUUGGACCUGUUUGGUGUAGGAGGGUAUUCCUUCAGUGGUUGAAUGAAUACUGCAACCUUGACUUGGCAAGUUCCUAAAAAGGCUCUAUAGAACCUCACCCUUAACACAGUAACUAACAACUUCCACUACUGAGGUCAUGUGUACAGCAUGCAGGUCUGUAAGAAAACUGGUUUUUGUGUAAAGUCAGAUUUCUUAGAACCCUGCAUUUGCAAAACUGGCUUUAAGUGCAGUAACCACCAAUUUGUAGUUAGACAACAGUGAGAUGUUGAAAUUAAAAUCUUUUAAUAUAUGCCAAACUUACCUUAAAAACCCUCAACUAUGAAGACAAUGCUGUCAUUAACCCAUUGACUUUUUUAGUCCAACAGUUCAACUUUUUAUGGUAAAUAUUUGUUGAAACUGUCCUGUUAUGACAGUAAGGAAUGAGACAAUCUGUGGAAAAAAAAAAAAUCAAGCUCCUCUGUCUGUUCCCAGUGCAAUCUAAAAACAACCAAUCAGAGCCAGGAAGAGGCUUUUAGCGCCAUCAGACACUCCUCCCUGUACCACGUUCUCCAUUAUGCUGCAACAUGCUGUUGUGAAUGCUUAUGUUAGCUAGUAUGGCCACCAACGAUGCCGUUUAAACAGUUUUCCUGUAACGGGAAGUUGUUUCUCUGCCAGCAGCAAAUAUGCGAUGCUGAUUGGCAGUUCUAAGACACUCCUCCUGGCUCUGACUGUUUUUUUGUUUUGUUUUUUUUUACUUCAGAUAGCAAUAGAAGCUCAGGGAGGAGAGCAAUCUUUCUCAUAAUGUACUGUCACACCAUCGUGACGGUUUUAAAAAAUAUGUAAACAUUUUUCAGAAUUUACAAACUGCACCUGUAAGGGGUUAAAAGAAAUUGGUGAAAGCUAACACAUUCUGAAUGUGAAAUACGAUGUUAUAAUUUUUUGCACAGCCCGUAUUGAAAUUAUAACCCCAAACCUAAGCAGGGGUGUCAAACUCCAGUCCUCAAGGGCCGCUGUCCUGCCACUUUUAUAUGUGCCUCUGCUGCACCAUAACUGAAUAGAAUAAUUAGGUCAUUAGCAAGACUCUGGAUAGCUGAUCUACACAAGGUGGAGGUAAUUAAGCCAUUUCAUUCCAGUGUUUUGUAGCUGUGGCACAUCUAAAAACUGCAGGACAGCGGCCCUCGAGGACUGGAGUUUGACACCUGUGCCCUAAAGUGAGCUGAUCUAUUAUCGCAUGCCUUGGUACGCAGGGUUUUAAACAUCCGUUCAGUUGGGAUAGCUCACUAAUGGCAUACUUACUUUCUGCUUCCUCUCACUUUACGCAUUACUACAACUGUGGUAAAAUGUGCACCAGGUUUUUUAGCACAUGGAGUUAUGUGAGUCAAUUAUGUGCCUCUAAUGCAUGCUAAAAGGUUGUUGCCAUAGUUAGAAUCCCGCUCAUUUAACUGUUACUUAAUGUGCUGAUGUCAAAUAAAUGCCUGUGCCAUGUUUGGAAUAAAACUUGCCUUUCUUUAUGGUG